AUGCUCCUAAAGUCUGGUUUUCUCCUGCUGCUGGUGAUCAGUGCGUCUGCAUCCUAUGAAGCUGAACAGAAUGACUCUGUGAGCCCCAGGAAACCCAGGGUUGCAGUCCAGAACUCAGCCGAGGUGGUUCGCUGCCUGAACAGUGCCCUGCAGGUGGGCUGCGGAGCCUUCGCCUGCCUGGAGAACUCCACGUGCGACACGGAUGGCAUGUACGACAUCUGCAAGUCCUUCCUCUACAGCGCUGCUAAAUUUGACACUCAGGGAAAAGCUUUUGUGAAAGAAAGCUUGAAAUGCAUCGCAAAUGGGGUUACGUCCAAGGUGUUCCUUGCCAUCCGGAGGUGCUCCACGUUCCAAAGAAUGAUCUCCGAAGUGCAAGAGGAGUGCUACAGCAAACUGGACAUGUGCGGCAUCGCGAAACGAAAUCCUGAAGCCAUCACGGAGGUCGUCCAGCUUCCAAAUCAGUUCUCAAACCGGUAUUACAACAAGCUGGUGAGAAGCUUAUUGGAGUGUGACGAAGAGACUGUCAACACCAUCAAGGACAGCUUGAUGGAGAAGAUCGGGCCCAACAUGGCAAGCCUCUUCCACCUGCUGCAGACGGAUCACUGCGCCCAAGGCCACCCGCGCGCCGACUUCGCCAGGAGACAUCGCCGAAAACUCUAUUUCAGGAACCUCCGAGGUGAGGGGUCCAUCCCAGCCCACGCAAAGCGCAGCUCCGCCGAAAGCGCGUAA